CCAGUAUCAUUGCACUUCAAGACGCGCCACUCGUGUUCGCUUCGUGUCAAUUAGUCGCGCGCGCAGCAUUCACGCAAAGAAAAUGAGUGUCAUUGAAAUGUUAGCGUUGUUCUAAAUUCAAAGUUUAUGUGUGUGUGUGUGUGUAAAAAUGGAGAUGAGCAAUAGAAGCGUCGAAGACGUCAGACUGACUCCGUCCCAAACACAGUCCACCAUCACCCUACACAAGGACACACAGAAUGAUGAAGAAUAUGAUCCAUUUGAACACAGGACUUUACCUCACACUACAUCGACUCUGGGCUCAUUCUUCCACAUGCUGAAGUCUUCCCUGGGGACUGGCACUCUGGCCAUGCCAGCUGCGUUUCACCACACAGGAAUCAUCCCAGGGUGCAUCGGGACAGCCAUAGUGGCAUUCAUUGCUACUCACUGCGUACAUGUUUUGGUGUCGACCUCGCGCGCCAUUUGCAGGGAAGUUCGAGCACCUUUCAUGACCUACACUGACACAUGUGAAAAUGUAUUUAAGUUGGGUCCGAAGCGACUCAGACCUCUUUCUUUACAUGUCAGACGUUUCGUCGACUGCGCCAUGGCGGGGAUGUGCAUCGGUGGUACCAGCGUCUAUGUGAUAUUCAUCGCCUCCUCUUUGAAAGACAUAGUAGACUACUACGCCCCAGAGCAUAAGUACUCCGUCCAGGUCUACUGUGCUAUGCUGACUGUACCCCUAAUUUUGAUAACCCAGAUAAGAUACCUGAAGUUCCUGGUCCCUUUCUCGGUGUUUGCGAACCUGUGCUUAGUGGUAACCCUGGGCAUAACGUACUACUACACGUUCCAGAACUUGACGACGCAUCCGUCGGUGGUUUUGGUCAACAAUCUUAGUGGAUGGCCACUGUUUUUGAGCACAGCCGUGUUCGCGAUGGAGGGUAUCAACGUGGUGAUGCCGGUGGAGAAUGAGAUGGAGAAGCCCGAGUACUUCCUCAGCUUCUGCGGCGUGCUGAACGUGACCAUGGUGUUCGUGGCGGUGCUGUACGGGCUCACUGGGGUGGUGGGCUAUCUGAAGUACGGCGAUGGGGUCUUGGGGAGCGUCACACUCAAUCUACCGCAGACGGAAAUUUUGUCGAUGUCGGCCAAAGUUCUGAUUGCUGUGGCAGUGUUUUUCACGUACUGUCUGCAAAUGUACGCGCCGAUGGAGAUAAUAUGGACACGGAUACAAAUAAAAAUAAGCAAAACGUACCACAACUUGGGUCAGAUCUGCUUGAGAACCUUUAGCGUCAUUUUAACAGUUGUAUUGGCGGUGGUGGUACCGGAUUUAAGCCUCCUAAUAAGUCUAGUCGGAGCAAUAUUCUUCUCCACCCUGGGCCUCCUGAUCCCAGCCGUGGUCCAAACUGUCCACAAGUGGGAGCGUGGGCUUGGAAGGUGGAACUAUAUAUUGUGGAAGAAUAUAAUGUUAUUAAUAUUCUAUUUUAUUGUGUUAAUAUCUGGAUGUUAUUCAGCAAUCACUGCGAUAGUCGAAAAGGCUACAAAGUCGUAGAAGAUAAUGUUAUUUUUUAUAUAAGUAUACCUAUAAUACGGUUCUAUAAAAUUAAAAAGAAUCAGGAAUAUUGUCGGCCAUGCCUCUGGUGAUGUAGAACUAAAGGUAAAAAAAUCGAAUUUGUCACAAUAUGCAUUAAAUUGUGUAACUUAGUUGUAAGAAAUAUUGCCAGUAAAUUUAGUUUUAACAUUUUUCUGUAAAAUAUCUAAUCAUGAAUGACGAAUUUUGGGAUAUUUGUCUUUAUUCGCGGACGGACAGCCGGUCAACGAAGUGAUCACUGUAUUGUUAUGAGACUAAUUAUAACUCGAGAGAAUUUACAAUAAUUUUAACUCUACUAAUACUAACUACGUGAGUUUCAAAUAAUUAAGAUGAUAUAAAAUUUUAAAUCGGGGGUAGUCCAGUGGUUAAUGUAAUCGAAUGGCCUCAGGUUCUAAUCCUACUAGUGCCACAUGCAUUUGUAUACCAAUCUGACUCUUGUGUAGUAGUUUUCAUAGACCACCACAUGCUUCUGGUGAAGGAAAACAUCGUGACGGAAACUGAUUUAGGUAGGUAGUAUAUGAAAUGGGAACGAUAGGGCAAACUUAAUAUUGCCAAGGGAGUAAUUGCGCGUUUCAUUCCACUUAAACGACCAUCAGCCAUAUAUUGAAAAAAAAAAAUGCCUCCUUCAUUUAGGGUUCCGGACAUAUCCUAUGUAAAUAAUAUGGAUUAAAAUAGAUUUUUGUUUUCAAAAGCAAAAACUGCACUUCAAUAGAACUCUUAUCGAUACGCAAUAAGAAAAACUAUUGAGACACGAUUACGACUUAUCGCUAGUAAAAUCGCUGGUGUUAAUAUUUAGAGUAAGUGAAUAAUCACAGCGCAGCGUUUCAAUAGCUAUUAUUUUAAACUUUUUUCUUAGAUAUAUCUUUAGUCGAUUGAAUACGUCGUGUCAACCAAAGUAUCCCUACACUAAAAAGGUUUCAAGCCAGUGUGGCCCUCGCCACACAAAAUUAGUUUUCCGUUUAAUUUUGUCAUAUUGUUGUAAAAAAAUAAUGGGAACUUAAAAGAAAAUAAAACAUGACAAAUUAUCACAA